UACUUUUACCUGCAAAGACAAAUUUUCAAGAAUAAGAUUAACAAGUGUAAAGUUAUUGAAGUGAUUGUAGAUAGAAUGUUUGACUGUAAACCAUCGGAUUGGCGUGUUUCUUCGAGGCACGAACUUCUCAACACCCUAGCACAGGAUGGCGGUGUUUCGUUUGGCCUUUACUUUGAAACAAGCACAUUGGUAACAAUCUUCGGUGUUGAAAUAUAUCAAUUGUACGAUCUAUUAGUGCACGAUUUGUCGAAAAAUGCAAGAGAAAGGAUUCAAAAACUGAUGCUGCUACAGAACACAUCAAGUCGUUGCAUUCGGAUACAAAGAUUGGAAAUUACGCGGUUUUUGCGUCUUGUUUUAGGAAACGCAACUAGAUUGCAGGGAACAACAUUAUGUGAUGGUAUCUCAAUCAUUUUAAAUUGCCUGCCAAAAUUAAUGGAGCCUCUACUAAUAUACGGAUGGAACAGCGUAUUCGAUGGAGAAUACUGUGGUUAUGAAAUCUAUCACGGAGUGUUGGAAUGGCGAUGGCUUAUUCUGCUGCUUGCAAAGGAAAUGAAAGAAUUUAUGAACACAUCUAAUACCGAUAGUGGAAAAUGCUUCAGCAAAAGAAAUUCGCUCAUAACUUUUGAAAGACUUUAUCGUACACUGUUGAUCGAUAUGCUGGAACUGGCAUUUCAUCAAUUUCGCAUAAAUGCGAUAGAAGAUGUCAUCUUUGAAGCUCCGUAUCAAUGUAACUGUGUAAAGUUAAUGUGGCUUGGUAUGAUGGUCUUGUCGGAAACAAACAAAGAACUGAUAAAUUUUUGGACAAAUUUAAACGAGUGCUUCCCAGCUUUACUGAAGGAAAGAAAGGAUGGUUAUAUAUUUAAGAUAUGGCUUAUAAAUGCAUUGGCCCACUUCUCCGAACAAAAGAAGGAUCUGGAAGGAAUUGAACAGCCCAUUGCAAAGCUUCCUCAUCACUACACCCUCAUUGACGAUAUCGUGAAGGAAUUUAUUAAAUCAUGCAACACAGAACAACAUGUGAGAGUAUUUUUGAUAUUGCUGAAACCAAUAAUCACGGAACUGUGGCCGGUACGAUUUGAAACUGUUAUUCUCCUUUGGGAUUAUUUUAGUGUCCGACUAAACUCAUCAUUUCAUUCGAAUAGUGAUUCGUUAGAUGCUGUUUGUUGUGUUAGUCGGUCAAUCGAUGAUUUUAUUAAACAGGCAGCCGUGCUUGCUUCACCAGAAUCAACAAAAAAUAGCUUGAAUCCUAAAAUGAACAGUUUCAAUAUGUUUCUCAUUUUGUUGACAUCAAUGAUACGAUAUAACACGGCAAAGGCGUUGAAGACAAAAGUACAAAUUAUUUUCAAUCGCAUAUUUCUUAAACUUGGCCCUAAAAAGUACGAAAACAUGACAGAACAAUCUAUAUAUAACCUUGGGCUUAUGCUACUUACUAUGAUUAGUGCCACGAACUUCGAAGAGGAUUAUUGUAGAGUGUCGAAACAAAUGCAGUUGAUCCGACUAACAGGUGGACCAAUAAAUUUACCUGUUGAUAUUAUUAUUAAACGUAUCACAAUUGCGACACAAGCUCACAUGGCUCUCUUAGUGUUGUUUAGUAACACAUGUUUCGAUAAAACAUCACAUAGUGUCACUUUUUUGGAAAGCUUUGAAAAUGCUCUUCAAAAGUAUGGUAAUCGUUUGCAACCAGCAUUGGAAUUGAUAGCGGAAGGAACAAUUUUAAUUUACAAUAAAGCAAUUUCUAAAAGGUCACUAGCACGUGGUGAAAAAAGUCUAAUUGGACCAUGGAUGCUGAAAUAUAUACGUCAUAGUACAUCUGAUCGAUGGCACAAAUUACUUGAUGCGAUAUCCAAAUGUUUAAAAUCUUCAAUUUCAAUGGACGAAGAUUUUUUAACGGCGAUUAAUCAACAUGUCAUGCCAUUUGUCAACGAACAGUAUUCAAAAAAGAUCUCUACUCCACCGUGCAUAGCCCAAAUUGCCGCCUAUAUAACCAUAAGAAGUAUAUCUAAUAAUGCUCAAAAUGGUCAGAUUUUGUCAUAUUUUAGUACCUAUGCCAAUUGUCCUACGGCACAUUCAGAUCAACAGCUGACUUACUUGAAAUUGAUAGGAGAAAGCCGCAAAAUGUUAACAUUGAUAGACGAAAAGACUAUUCUACGGCUUUGGUUAAAAAUGGGUUUUUUUUAUGAUCGCGAAAUUCUUUUGGACCUGACACGAGUAGUAUAUGGGUUAGAUGAGUUCAAAGCAUUAUGUGAGAUCCCGCAGUACGAAAUAUUCGAAAGUAAUGCAAUUCCAAUUGAACUAUUUUUUCGCUUUGUUGGUAAACGUUAUCGAGAAGUAGAUAAUAUCAUAAAAAUGGAUUUGAAAAUGAAGCUUCAUACGAUAUUUCAACAGUUUGAUAAAUGGAUACCCAAUCCCAGUCGAAUCAUCAGACAGCGAAUACUUGCCGUUCUAGUGUUGGCUUUAAAAGAAUGUACUCAUGCAUUUUAUAUAAAAUCAAAUUCAACGUGCCUAUACCAUCUAGCUUUUAAGCACUUCUUUCUGCCAUUUUCUGUUCUUACCGACCGUUAUGUUCAACUAGAUUAUAUUGAAGAUGUUGCAAGAGUUUGGCAUAAAGUAAUGGAAAUCCUCGGAAGAAUGGAAUAUAGGAGCGAUCCAAUGAUUGGGGAUAAUGUGAUUAACAUGUUGAUCAAAUGGGUACCACAAUUUGCUAAACUGUCUAAUUCCGAACAUGCAUUAAGGCCAGUAAUGUUGUUUUUCUGCAGUCGUAAUGAAGAAUUAGUUCUCUACGCAAUGCCGCGAUUCGUAUUAACUUACGUCGAUCUCCAACGAUGCCUUCCAAAAUCGAAUGCUCUUCAAGCUAUGCAAAUAUUGCAAACGCUAAUAGAAUCUCUCCUGAAGCGAAAGGACUACGGGAAAAUAAUACUUUUUAUACGAACAGUGGGUCUAUCAGUAAUGCAACAUGCUUUCAUGUGCAACGAAACGUUUUCUACUCGCAUUAUCGCUAUGGAGUUGUUGAACAAUUUAAUGAUCAGCACAGAAGGGCCUUCAAAUAUAGUAAAACAAGAAAUGCGAAAUGUUUUUUCUCUAUUUACUCGCAAAUAUUUAUCACUUUAUGCGGAAAGUUACUUUACAUUUGUCUGUCGACUUGCGGAUCGCAAUCCAAAUUUUAUACGUCUAAUAAUUGAUGAGGUUCGCAGUGAGGUAGGGCAAGCAGAAAAAAUACGUGGUCAGGAAACAGAUUUAUUCUUACGGAAUGCGUUGCAUCGAUUAGAAACCGUGUGUGAACAGAAUAAAAUAUAGUAAAAAUAAUGUAUUUUUUGUUACAUAGAUGUAAUAAUAAAAAUAAUGUAAGAAUUGCAACAUA